CCUAGCGAAACGAGAGGGACAAGCCACGAAAAUGAGCAAGGUUUCGAGGGACACGUUGUAUGAAGCUGUCAGGGAAACCCUACAGGGCUCUGUGACCAAACCUAGGAAGUUCCUGGAGACUGUGGAGCUGCAGAUCAGUUUGAAGAACUAUGAUCCCCAGAAGGACAAGCGUUUCUCUGGCACCGUCAGGCUGAAGACCCUUCCUAGGCCGAAGUUCUCAGUGUGCGUCCUUGGAGACCAGCAGCACUGUGAUGAGGCUAAAGCUGCUGACAUGCCCCACAUGGACAUCGAGGCCCUCAAAAAGCUCAACAAGAAUAAGAAGCUUGUGAAGAAACUGGCCAAGAAGUACGAUGCCUUCCUGGCCUCCGAAUCUCUGAUCAAGCAGAUCCCUCGUAUCCUGGGCCCAGGGUUGAACAAAGCUGGCAAGUUCCCCUCCCUGCUAACACACAACGAGAACCUUAACACCAAGGUGGAUGAGGUCAAAUCAACCAUCAAGUUCCAGAUGAAGAAGGUGCUUUGUCUGGCUGUGGCUGUGGGACAUGUGAAGAUGACUGAAGAUGAGCUGGUGUACAACAUCCACCUGGCCGUCAACUUCCUGGUAUCUCUGCUGAAGAAGAACUGGCAGAAUGUGCGUGCCCUUUACAUCAAGAGCACCAUGGGAAAGCCCCAGCGCCUGUAUUAAGACUAGCUUUUUCAGAUAAAUAAAAAAUGUGGCGAUACUCCAA